UUGUGCCGUGGAUCCAGCCGCUGUCUAUCGGUAGUCCCGAAAGAACUGCUCUUGCCGCGCCGUCGCCCAUGCCUGCAGCUGUACGGCCGCUUCGCUGGCCUUCAACCCAAGGCCAGUCAUGCCGGCGCGAUCGCGUCAAGAAACAUGGCUGCGCCCGUGCGCCGCUGCUGAAAACCGUCUGUAUGAGUAACAUUUUGCUAGUAGGGUUAGCUCGAAAACACAUACUUCGCAAGUAACGGCACUGCGUCAUCUCAUCAUUGCUAAAAACAGUAAACAUAUUUGACGCAGAUAUUGACAUGCGUUUAUUUUACACCGCAUCUGAGUAAAAGAGUUUCGAGCUCUAUAGCGUCCCUAAUACUUUAGCGCUACUCUUACCAUCAAACUGUAUACCUUCUAAAGAAAAUAUAGUCAUAAUAACGAAACUUUGUUCUGUUAGCAUCGUGAUCGGCAUCAUUACUUCCCACAAGUACGAGUUACUAACAGAGGAAGAAGUAGAAGAAGCAGUGCCCCUUCGCUCGCGGCUGUGGUUCCGGCCACCGUUCUGUCCUAGUCGCUCACUUCCAAAUCACGGCUUUGCGAGUGCCACAUUUUCUCGCGCAAGCCGAAAUGUUUCCUGUGGUCGCGAUGCUGUCACUGAUCUAUCUGGUGGCCCUGAGCUCAGCCCGUGCGCCUUCACCGCGGACACUCAGGACAACGAUGGCGCCUUUCACGAGGCAGUUCUCGGAUCUACCAGACUACGACACCUACCGCUUCGUGGAGCGCCUAAGGUCUGAACAAGCUCGUCAGCUUCGCGCUGGCGGCGGCAGAACCAACGUAACUAGCCGCGGGCUCUUGCUGCCUCGAAUGCGACCGAAAAAGCCGAUCUGGUUGCUUCUUGGCGGAAGAAGCGGACGGCAGGAUCGUGGGGCUGAUGAUCACCGCCGCGCCGCUGAUGAUUCUAGUUCGGACAUUCGUCUCCAGGUGCUUCAGUUCAUGCAGGAUCACCAGCUCAUUUUUUAUAUAGCGUGCUCGUGCGUGCUAACGGGCGUAGUCCUACUGGUUACCCUCAUGGUCCUGUACGGUGGCCGUCGCGGCUCGGACGCCAGGAGCGGUAUGUACGGCGAGUCGUACGCUCUGCUCGACCGGCGACCGCUACUCGGCAAAAGAGGGUCGGUGGUCGAGGAGUACAGCGACGAUGAAGAGGAAACGGCCAUCGACGGCGACAACGCACGCGGCCGCGGAGCGGGGCGACGACAUCCAUCCGAACGGCUCUGCUGGUUCCGUGGACGGCCACGUCUUCGAGAUCAGCACUUUGUCCGAGAUCGGUGUCGGAGAAGGGGCAACCAGCUGGUCGGAGCCGGACGACCCAGCAGAAAGAGACUGGAAGAGCGAACAGGCUGUCCAACGGCCCAUCGACGUAUUCCCCAGCCGGCUGUUGGAUCUGUGCAACCAGGACACGCCACUCACCUUCCUUACUUUCCUGCCAAACGGAUGCCAGGAUCGAUCCAAAUGGCUCGCCCACGGUCACCACAGCGAGGUCUUCGAGGUGGCAUCCCCGCUAAAGCGAACAGUCCUCAAGGUGAUUCCCGUAACGGGGGACUUCACAGAACAACGAAUCGACGCCAUCGCAGCAGGCCAUCGAGUGCUGCGUGUGAGUUGUCUUCAGCAAAUUAAAGUUCACGUAUUGCUUGGGCGCAUAGACAUCUGA